CCAGGCCAAAAAAUGGCUGCCUGCUAUAACUCAUGAACAUUUAACGCCUGUUAACCUCUUCCUGGGUUACUCUUGCCACAAGUGCUAACUAUCAACGAGAGACUUAGCUCCGACUUCAAUGAUGUUUACGCCCUCGAAUAGGGUCAAACUCAACCGAACCAGGUUGAAAGACGUCGCAUGUCUGAAGUCGGUGCCACGACGAAGAGCAUCUCAAUUGCCGGCUGACGUUAACCAACAAAACGUAGCACAGACACCUUUUUUAGGAGAAAAAGUGGACGCCAUCGUUAACAGCAAUGGUGACUUUUGCCAAGGAACCUCUGGGGGCUCCCAACCGGGGAGGCGCCGUGUGAGAGAUGUUGAUAGAACUGUGAAUCCCAUCUCUACUUCCCUCGCUGGUUCGGAAAUCUCUUUAAAAAGACAUUCACAAGCAUCCAGCUGCAGCAUCUGUGGUGACUGUAAAUACAUUUCCCCUCAGAGGAGAACCACGGUCAAGCAAGUGGCAAAAAGCUUUGACCCCCGUCCAGAAGAGACAUCCAAGGAAAUCGUUAGGCUAGACCGCUACCCGAAAGUAACCCUUUGUGAUGUACUCCUAAACUCUAAUGCAAGGGGGCACUGUUGUGGAUUUUUGCUACGGGAUCUUCUGAAAACCGAGACUGUGCGUUGCUUCAAACAGGGCACGACAACUGACGGAUUUCAGUUGGAGCCCUGUUGCGACGAGUGGCGAAAUAACAGUGUGCCCUGUCCUGGUUGGCAGUCGGCUGCAAACCGGAGGCAACCGAGAGAAUACACGAAGAAAGCGGCUUUCAUUAAUCAUGCUGCUUGUCGUUCCUUGAAGGGUAGGGAGAGUGAUGUCUCUCCAACAACCUUCUUGACUGAAAACGCAACAGUGGCUCACAGCAAAGGUGGGACUUUUGCAACAGAGCGACACCAGGGUAAAAUAAACUUGGACAGCCUUAUAAAAGAGGCACACACAUGCAGUCAGUCAUGUCCCGAACCUACUGUUGGGACAUGCAACCCUGAGGAACCUUGCCAAAAAAAGACUGCACGAGAGGGACCAGGAUUGUUGAGUGAUAACCCGGCUUCAUUCACCUGUCAGAGGGUGAGGGUCCAUAUUGGAAAAACACACUAUUCAUGUGCACGCACAGACAUGCCGUGGCCCUUAUCUGACAUUGGACCCACCCUUUCAACACAUGAACCAGCUAACAAGCGCUGGUUAUCUACAAUGCAACAUGAAUCUCUUGGAUCCUUAAGAUGCCAAAGCAGUGACAUCCACCAAGAAGCCCAUCUUGCAGAGGGUGUAGGACACAAGUCUUCAUAUGAAAUCGAAACCGUAUUAUCUGAUGUUAAGGACUCAACUGUAGGUCUUCCUUCAGUUUUUACUACCUUCUCCACCACGAGUCAGCUAUUGGAUUCUGGUACUGACAUACUGUCCGUGCCUCCGCCCUCAUCCAGCAAUUCGCUAACGCCUUCCCCUGCAGAACUCUGCUUGAGUGACUGGCAAACGUCCCCGCCCAUGUUUGCCUCAUCUCCCAUCCCCAGCGGUGUUUGGAGUUGGGGUUCUUCACCGAGCGUCCUUGCAUGCACCCCCGAUACCCAGAGUUCACACCAGUCCUCCCUCCUCUUGUGUCAAGAGAUGGGAAACAAUGGCAGGAGCACUCCUUUAAACGGCGUUACGCCUCCUGCAAGAGACAACAAAUCAGAUGAAGAAUGCGAAGGAAGCAUUUUAAGUGAGGUUCUACUUCCACCUCUGCUCUCUCCAUUUGGUUCACCACAAACAAACUUCCCGAGACAAAGUGUUACACUUGAGAAAGAUGAGAUGAGUACACUCCUGCCACAAGUCGUCAUAAAUGGUUUGGUAAACCGGGAAAAUUGCAAGCAUGAUCUUGCACAAUUGGAAGUGGCCUCCUGUGAUUUUGGAUCUCUUCUCGACCAAACGCCAAGAGAACCAUCUCUCUGCAAUGUCGUAGAUGUGCACAAUAGGAGUGAUCCAGAAGCCAGUGAGUCACAAGGUACUCCAUCAUACCGGCCACCAAACGGGCAACAUUCCACAACGGAACCCAGCUCUUCUUCAAGCACAGAGAGACUGCCAUCUUCUGGGGCUGCCUGGCCGUGCCUUUUGGAUGAGUUCACAGCGUAUCAACACGAUAUCCUGCUUGUUGACGUCAACCAGGAUGACACGGAGCUGUUUGAGAACAUACCCCAGGGCAGUCCGCUGAAACUGGGUCCCGCCAGGGUUCAAAUAAACUUGGCGGCAGCGUAUGGUGCGGCGCAAACCAUGAAACAAAGAUCGACCCCUGUUAAUAUAAAGCUUCAAUGUGGAAGUCCAGAAGUGAAUGUUUCCAACUUUACAGAGGAAACCAUCAGCAGGCCCUGGAGACCUCAGAAGGGCAGUACUUCACCCAAAACCCAGAACGACACAUCUCUUCUCACAGAUAAACAAACCAAAUCAAUGGGCAAGUAUGAUGCCAGCAAAAAUCGUAUAAUUGGAGACCAGGAAAGACAACAGCCCAUCCAAAACAAAUCACACAAUGUCAUGCCUCCAGUUGGGACUUGGAAAAAUGGUCCUUGGAUGCCAAACCCUGCAAACAGGAGUCAUCUUAGAUGUCAGAAAUUCGCUUCUUACUGCAGGCUGUUCUUCAGUGAAUCACAGUCCUGUGGCUUCAAGAUGUGCCGCUUCCUGCAUGUGCCUCUGGAGGGUGACGAGAAGUUCUGUGUCGACACUGUGACGAGGUUCACCAGCAAUCCAAUGUGCCUCCAUAAAGCAGGAGCAGUAUUCACAGCCUACUACCAGAAUAACCCUCCAGGCAUGUUUUUCUCCAUGCCGGUGUUUCUAUCGCUCCUCUGGGGCCUGCUCAAAUCAGGCAUGGUGUCUGAUGCCUUGUCAGUUCUCAGCGUCAGCUUGGCUCACAAGAUAGUGCCCACCUACGAGUUCCUGCUUGCCCUUUUCAAUUUGGUAAGAGAGAGCGGUCUCACAAGCUUUGUGCCUCAACUUGUGCAGCUCUCUUACAAGAUGGCCAGUGCAAACUCAAUGUUGAGCUUGGAUUGCUUCGAAUGUGUCAAAAACACUCCUGAAUUCCAGCAGAUGACGAAUCCGAGUACACCUGCAAACCAGUGGUCAUGCGCUGUAUCCAGCAAUGUGCCCAUUUCGGAAUAUCUGAACUUGGCCCAUGUCAUUGAGAUGGAGCUUUGCGCCAAGCAAGAGGACUGGCACCAGAUGGCAGAGGUUUUCCGCUCCUUUUGCACACCCUGCCGACAUCCCAACCAGCUGGAGCGCAUCAGUGGUCACAUCGCUGUCGCACUUCUGUCAGAGGGCAAAGACAAGAUGUCUCUGCCCUUUGCCACAUUCUCUGAGACAAUUUGUCAAAAAGAAGAGCCAGGGUCCCUUGUGAUGAGUUUCUUUGGCAGAAUUGGAGUCUCGCUCAUGCUAAGAUACUAUAAAACACACCAGUGGGCCAAGGGUCAAAGAGUUGUGGAGGUGCUGUCCCUUUCGAAAGUCAACUACUCCAUGCUGAAAGGUCUAUUUGGAAAUGAGGAUGGAGGAUCACGCUGCUCUGUGAUCACCAUGGCAGCAGAGCUCUUCCUCCUCAGUGGCAGCCUGGAAGGAGCUCUCAACACUCUCCGAGAAAACAAGUGGUUUGUGAGUUCAAGCGUGUGGCCGUGUCAGCCUGCUGAUUUGGAGAACAGAAGCCGUGUGCUCAUCCAUCUGUCUAAGAGCACCUCACACAGAGACACACUGGAGGUGCUGUGUAAUCUCCCUGGAAUCCAGGAGCCCAUUGACCAGGUUGACGUCUUGAGGUACUUGCCGCUCUUUAACUCUCACCUGCAAGUGUGCGUGGACAGACAGGUGCUUCCCGUAGCGUCCGACACUGUGGACUUCAUGCUGUCUAAAAAGAUCCUGGUAGACCAUGUGGUGUUGCAGAAGCUUUUGCACAAACUGGGGAAGCAAAACCACUGGCUGCGUGCACGUGAGAUCUUCAGAAACUCUCUCACUGCUGGGUAUUACCCUGCCGUAUCCGCCCCCCCUGGCUUCAUGUCACUGAUUGUCCCGAGUCGACUGGUUGAAGUGGAACUGGCACUCGCAUUUGAGAUGUUAAUCACUGUCAACGCUUCAGCAAUUCACCGCCUCUCUGUGACCGCACCCUCCACCCUCAGCAUCACCCUAAAGAGGACUCAGGAGAGCGAGAGUGAUUAUCUUUUGGCUGGUAGCCGCCUGUUCUCUGCAGCGUGCAUCCCUCAGCCCAAACUGAUAAUCCAUUAUGUGGCUGUGAACUCCUCACAGGAGCAACUCUUCACUCUGAGCAUUGCCUCGGCCCAACGCUGGCUGCACAGAAAUCAUUUGUGGGCAAACGAGGUGUGGAUGCAUUAAAUAGGUAAUAGUUAUGUACAGAAAGUUAAAACCAAAAAAAGACAAUGUAGUUGUUAUAUUUUUGAUAUCAGUGUCACUGACUGGAUUAUUGUAUGAGUAACAGGCAAAUAUUGUUGCUAGUUCAAUAACUGCAUGUAUAUUUUUGUUUAUAAUGUUUUUAGUCAAUGUUCUGCUUUAAAAGUUCUGGUACAUAAAAACAUAAUAUUUCUCUUUGGUCUUAUCUUUUUCAACACAGGGCAUUACAUUGUUUCUUAGAAGGUUUAGUCAAAGGAACUAAAUAACUUUUUACAUAGAUUUCCCAAUUUUUCUUUUUACUAUUUUGAAUGUUUUUGGGGAGAAAAAGAGCCAGUAAUGGAGGUCAUGGCUGCAUGCGUGACACCCAUUGUACCGUCAUGCAUGCAAUUACCCUGCUUAGACUUUUUUGGGUUAUCUAUUGUUGUUGGGAGACGUGUGUGUGUGUGUGUGUGUAUAUACAGUAUAUAUAUAUAUGCAACUGUAUGUGUCAAUCCUGUGCUAUUUGUGUGUGUAUUAUGUGUAGAAGGACACUCUGUUUCUCAUGCAUCAUUUGGACCCAUUCAGUUGUUUGAGUAUUUAUAGCCACAUCCAAAACAAAAUACACAAUUUUUUAUUUUUUUUUUCAAAUCUAUGAGAGUUGCUUGAGGGCAAGCCAACAAGGACCUUCACAUGGUCCGGAUCCUUGAGUGCGUGUCAAAUAUUUCAUGUUAACAUUGUCAAAUGGCUGCUCAGUCAGAUGAUGCUCUGUAAAUAAUGACUACCGGGCAAACAGGCGCCACAUGUGUAUGUCAUCCAAAGAUGAAGAUAAUGCUUACACAGAAGCGUUUGUGUGUGUGUGUGUACAUUUUGCCCCCCUUCACAGCAGUGUCUUAAAUCAUGGCGGUCCUUUUUAUGUCUCAAAGAAAAGGCAUAGCUAAUCAGAUUGCACAGUGUGUUCAGUAGUCUACAGAGGGUAUAUAAAAGGUUUGUAAGAGAACUCUCUGUGGCAUAUUACAUCAAGUGGAAUGUUUUCUUACUUUGACAUAUGAGCAUAACCUCUGGAGUGUACUGCAGUCACCCUUGCCUUUACAAA